AUGUAUAACCCAACCGUUGCGAGAGUUCAGAAAUUAGACAAAUCCAAGGCCUCCGAGGAGAAGGAGGAGGGCCAACCCCGCGCGGACGAUAAGGGUACGCUUGGGAUUCAUAGAACAGAGGACAAAUCGACCAGUUACUCGAGGCCAAGACUGUCAGACUCUCUGCUACCUGACAACAGCCAUGUGCCCGCCAUUGAAGAAAGUCAUGUGUCCCUAUCACCCUUAAGGAUACCCUUAAGCUCUGCACAGCAAAUUAGAAAUAGCUCAAGCAGAUUGUCUAGUCAGGUGCAUAAUGAUGUCAGUUGUGAGAAUUCAGACUGUGUGUUUGUGGAGACUAUAGAACAGACACGAACACUAAGGAGAAGCCAGGACAUAGAAUACCUGGAGGCCCUCAACAGAGACCAGCAAAGGGACCAGGAGAGGGAAGCGCAGAGACUGGCUUUGGAGCGUAGCGAGGAAGCUGCGCAGUUGAUGGAAGAGAGGAGACUGAAAGCCUUAAUGGAAAGACGCAGUCGCCUGUGUCCUGAACCUUUAAAUGGCUACAGAAUCCAGCUGAAAUACUGUGAUGGUUCCAUGAAGUCAAGGCGGUUCCUACCUACACAGUCAUUGCAGAACCUUAUGGAUUACGCUGGCAAUGACGAUUCGGCCAGUGAAAUAUUCUGGUUGAGCAUGCCAAGUGCAGGCACACGGCUAUCAAGCACUAUGACCGGAACCCUUGAAGAACAUAACUUGACUACACCUUGCACGUUAUUUGUUCAGUGGUUGGAAGGACAGGAGGUGGAACAAAUCCGUUUGAACUCCCCAAAUCCUGAACCCAACAUGGAUGAAUGGCUGGAGGAGGACCUCAUUGACCAAAUAGACUCAUCAGUAAACGCCAAGCAACGUGCUAUAGAGAUACUCACAGAGCUCACCAACAAAAUUAAUCCAGAGGAUCAACACUCAUCAAAUAUGAUUAAUUCAUGCAGAGAUGACAUUUAUGGCUCUGCACGACGUGCAUUCAGUAGGUGUCUGUUCGACCCAUAUAAGCCACUGGGAGUCGUGUUUAUGGAUCUUGGCAAUAACUCAGAAGGGGCAGUGGAUGAUGGUGGGCCAACAAGGGAAUUUUGUCAUCUCCUAAUGAAGGAUAUACAGAGCAGGAGCUUGUUUGAAGGCCCAGAUCAUUCUAAAUUACUGGCCCUGGAUAGCCAUGCCAUCUCAAAAGGGGAUUACAAAUUGCUUGGAAAAAUGAUCAGUAUCUGCCUGAUCCAUGGCGGUGUAGCACCCCACUUCUUUGCCCCACGACUGUUCAGUCUGGUUGUGGGUGAGGCUACAGAAGAUGUGGACCUGACAGAAAUUGUUGAUGAGGGGUUCAGGAGCCAGCUGCAGAAGAUCCAAGAUGCCAUAACCAUUGAGGAGACCAGGGAAGCUUUAGAAGAGGCUUCAAACAGUCUUUCUCUCCUUGGGUCAUUAAACAUCCAGUGUCGUACUCUAGAAGACAGGGAGACAGUCGUCCAGUGUGCAGCGAAGUUCUACCUGGAGGGGCGACUUAAUGCUGCAAUGGAACAGUUUGUGGAUGGUCUGGGAUGUUUAGGGUUGCAUGCUGCAAUGAAGACAAAUUCUAAACAUCUUCGGUAUCUGUUCCUGGCCAAAGAGGACCCACUGACUGCCCAGGACCUCAUUGAUGUCUUUAGCCCACACUUCGCAGAGCAGGGAAGCAAUCGCAGACACAAUGAAAUUAGAACCUAUGCCUGGUUCCGUGACUUCUUGCUAGAUGUGGAAGGUGGAGAAAUGCAGGUGGACCAAAGUAAAAACCUUACUCUGCAAGAGGUCCUUGCCUUUGCUUCUGGGCUGGAGGAGUUGCCCCCACUAGGAUUCAAGAACCAGCCAAUCAUUGAAUUUAUGCACACAGACCGCAAAUUCCCAGAGGCUAACACAUGUGAUGUAGUCCUCCGCCUACCAAUACUCAGGAGCUAUGAGGAGUUCUGCAACCUCAUGUGCAGUGGGAUAUUGCAGGCCACAGAGUUUGGAAUGACAUAAAAUACUGUCACAUUUUUUGUUGUUUUUACAGUUUUGUUUGUUCUAUCAGAAAGUUAAGGUGUUAUGUUUAAAAAUGGUUUAAAAAAUUUCCAGCUGCUUCUUCAAGGCUCGAGCUCAAAUAAAUUCCUAUGAUUGUCAUGAGUUUUAUUUCAGACAGAGAUUUACAGUGUGGAUAUAUAGCAA